AUGUUGAGUUCUCCUCUCUUUACUUUUCCUAAUAAUCAACAAAUAUUGGGUAGCCGUUUGUCACGUCCUUCUUUGGCUCGAUUUGGUAUUACAAGUGGAGGCAAUAUGGCCAUACUUACAGAUAAUGCUGAUGUUUUAAUUAUUCCUGUUGCUUCUGCUGGUUAUACAUCGACAUGGAUCGAUACUACUGAACUUGUAUUCGUAUUCUAUUUUCAACAAAAUCUUUGUAUUGGUGGAACAUAUAAAAAUCGUUCCAGUUUAGGUCCAUGCCAAAUUUGUCCUCCACAUACUCGAAAUCCUGGCACACUCGUUAAUGGAGCCCUUCAUUGCAUACCAUGUUCGAACAUUUCAUCAAAUUCAUUUUGUCCACUUGCAUCACUAGCCGAUAUUGACUUGAGUACAAUACCUUCUUAUAGUCAAGCAGUUGCCUAUCCUGAAACAGGCCAUACAAUAGAUGUUGAAGAGCUUCUACUAAAAAAUAUGUUUCAAAUUAAUUCCAAUCCACGUUGUUUAGUUAUUUCUCCUCUUCUUUGGACAUUAAUUGUCAGCGGUGUAGGAUUUUUUAUUUUACUACUUAUGACAGCAAUUAAGAGAUGUGGAUGCCAACAAUUUAUAAAAGGUAGAGAAAAAGCUAAGAUUAUUUUUCAACAUACAGAUAUAAUCAGUGAAGGUGAAAAGUUGGCUGGUGGAUUAGCAACAUUCGCUGUUAUUGUUCUGAUUGCAUUUUCUUAUUGGUUUUCUAUAUCAUUUAUAAGACGUUAUCCAAUCGAAGAGGUUUUUGAACCCGUUAAAUUUGCUUGUGAUCAAACAUUGGUAAAUGCACAAUUUUCUAGUGGUCUUGUACUUCUUGAUAUUCCCAAAUUAGAACAAGAUCAGCCAAUUUUUGAUCUGCUCGAUGCACAAAUAUUUUAUUUAACCGUUGAAUUAAUUAAUACAGGAUUUAUGUGUAAUUCUAUUACUACACAAGAAAAUCUUAGUGGAACUAAAUAUGUUCACUUAGCACAUAAUUGCACACAGUCGAUUCCAGAAGCGACAACCUCCAUAACAGUUUCUGUGCCCAGACAUGUGACAGCUGUGCAAUUUAAUAUGACUGGUCCUUAUUGGAUCGGUGCUAUUCGUUUAUGUAUUCGAGGACAAGGUCAAAAAAAUAUGAGCAGUACAUUAAAUCAACUAGAUUUUUGUCAAUUUUAUACGACACCUAAUGAAGCUAUUGGUAGAACAAGUUAUAUUCCAAUUGUAUUUAUUAAAGACAUCAACAUGACAUAUGCGCUGAGCGAAUCAGAUGAAACGCUUUAUUCAGGUUUAUGGAUGCCAACUUUCACUGCUGUGUCACAAUCAGAUGAAGCAUACUAUGUUGACUUUGGGAACUAUUUACGUUAUAUGUCUUCAUUAACUGUUAUUCAAAUAAUGCUUGAUGAACGUCCAUUUUUUAUUAAAAAUAUUCAACAACCGAUUGUUCGAACAGGUGAAUUAGUUUUUAAGGUUUUGUUAUUUACUUUUUUAUGUAUUGAACUGUUUGCUUCUGGGAUUCUCAUCGUCAAACUUUUGAUUUUACCAUUAUUGCGACGGAUAGUACAUUUAUGGAAAAAAUAUCGUGGUCAAAAUGCUAAAUCAGAUAAUUCAAACAGGUCCACUAAACCAGCAUUACGUUCAAAAUCUUUGCAUAAAGCAAAUUCUAUUCGAAAGAUGGCAAAUAAUCAGUCGAUGGCUCUCGAAAUUGACACAGCUACAUUCAAUCAAAAUCACCAAGACGAACACAAUAAAUAUAUAACAUUGGAUAUUGAAUUAAACUCACCUGUAAUUAAUUAUAGAUUUUAA